CUCACUUCUUCAACGAUUCACCCCGCAACACCAUACCAACAGCUAACAUGGACCCUACCACCCAAGCACGUCCCGCAGAUGACUUUUUCAAAUCCACAGAGCCAUCGCAUGCUGUCCCUGCUCCAGUCCCCACUCCCGCAGACAUCAACAACCAGCGACAGCAGCAGCAGCAACAGCAACAAAAUUCUGCACCAGAGGCAACUGGCAUUCGUCAAAGGGUGAAUAAGCUUUCGCACUCUGUCGAGGACGCUGCAAGCCACCCUGCUGUCCAAAACGCCAAACAAGUCGCUGUCAACCAGACCAGAGGUCUUCGAGAGAGGCUGGGAAAGAGCCCGACCAUUAUGAAACUGGAGAGGCGUACUGGCAUCGACAGGGUCGCCCUUGUAGGUGGUGGCGUUCUGCUAUACAUUCUCCUCAUCCCUGUCAACAUCUUCCAUCUCGCACUUCCCACUACCCAGCUGUUGACAGUUCUUCCUGCUGCCUACCUUUCAGCCCAAGUGCUCGACUCUUCCGAAAGUAGUGCCAAUGACGAAAAGGUUAAGUCUCUGCUUUCCUUCUUUGUGGUUCUCGGCUGCAUCCAAACUCUUGAGAGCUUGAUGGCCGGAUUUUUAGAAAAGAGAAUUCCCCAAUAUUACACUGUGAAGCUCUUGUUCCUUGCCUAUUUGCUUCACCCGAAGACUCAGGGCGCAAAGAAGAUCCACGAAUCUGUCUUCCGCCCCUUAAUCAAGAACCGCGACAGCCCUUUGUCCCCAGCCAAAGUUUAUCCCAGCUCCACGUCUAAAACCGAUGCCAGCGCUACCGGAUCUACCAACGAUUCAGUCCCCUCUCGCGGCGAAGGCACUGGCACACCACCCACAAGCAGAUCAUCCAACUCCAACAUCGCCUCCAGCCCUAUUCACUCUAACAACCCUUUCACAUCCGACGACUCUUCUCCCAAGGCGGUCCCCCAAACUACCUCUGCUACCAGCCCUCCCGAUUUUGACCGUAACUUUGGCGCUCUUUCUUCUACUUUUGCCUCCAGCUCUGGCUCUGAGAAUGUUACCGGUCACCAAGCACCUACCCUUGCUCAGUUGCAGGCCACCACUGGAAGCGCCGCUGCCGACUCUUCUUUCCCUCCUCCCCGAGUGCAGGCCCAGCAAGCUCUUGCUCAUGCCGUGCAGGACAGCGGCGUUGACACCACCGAGCCUAUUGACCCUUCCAGGGGGGACGGUAAUGUGACAAUGGCAGAUGCGGAGGGUCAAAAUUUCAGGGUCGUUAAUGAACUCCAUUAAUGGGCUUUCCAUUUGAGAAGCUUCUUGCAUUACAAGGUCAAAAUGACUAUUUAACGAACUUUGAAUUUCCAAGAUUGAAAAUAAAUGACUGUAGCCCCUAGCUCAGGUGGCAUCUUGCUAGCCGCUCUUGCAUGUAAAUAUGUACACGAAAAUGCAUUUGCUCAUCUUGUUA